UCUGGCUGUCAUUACCUAUAUUGUUAGUAAUAAAAAUAUUUUCGUUGAAGAAGAAAUCCGAUCUCUUCACUUGAUAUAAAAAUAUACGAAAUAUUGAAGAUUUUUUCAUUCUUUACUAUGGAAACAUUUAAUUUGGCCACAAAAGGUACCGGUCUUACAGGACACAACACAAUACACAAUGAAACAGCUUAUAAUCAAGAGUAUGAUAUGCAGUGUGACGCACAAGGAACGCGAAUAUCACCUCCCAAGUCAAUCAUUGAUUCCAGUCCGUUGCAGACGGCUAUGGACAAGAAUAAAGAAUCUUUAAAGGUGAAACUCUUGGUAAGAAGAACAAUGAACCAAUUGGUAGAACAAGGAAUAAUGCCCUCUCUAAAAACAUCUCCUGCAAUUUAUGAACAACAGCGGCAACUUGAAAGGGCAAAAACAGGAGAUUUAUUGAAAGCAAAAAUUAAGCAAAGACCAGAUAGACUAGAACUUGAGAGGAGACAUAUUUUGGAACAUCAGGAAGGAAACAUUGAUCCUAGUCUGGCAGAGAAAAAAAGAAUGCUAGAAAAGGCUUUGCUAGUAGAUCAUCUAAACUCUAAAAUAUCUCAUCGGCCAGGACCAUUGGAACUUAUUGAAAAAAACAUACUCCAUGCAGAAGAGCCAAUAGAACGAAUAGUUAAAGAAGGUCUGGUUAACUAUACUUCUACUGAUGAAGCGGCAUCAUUGCUUAGUCCAGAAAGUAUGAUUUGUACUGAAGAAGAUUCUCUGAGUUCCGAAGGUGAAACAAAAAUUGGGCCUAUUAACGUGUUAUUCUUAGCACAGCCGCAAGAAACAAUUCCUGUUGAAGCUAUAAUAACAGCAUCAUCGCUAAAGCAAGACAAAUCCUUGAAUGAUGAAUCGGGAAACAUAAAUAAUUAUGCCGCGUUCAUAGGUUCUGACGUGUGUUCCAGAAUGGAAAAUACUGUCGAUUGUUCGAGGAAAAAUAACAACGGGACACUAAAAAGUGAAACAAAGGAAAAGAAUAAGAAGAAAAACAAGCAUAAAGUUAUAUCUAAGGCUCGCUCGAUCAAAUUUCAUGAAUACAAGGGUCCACCCAAUGCGCAGAAGCAAUCUUCCGUGCCAAUAGAUAGUGGAGAGACAAACUAUCAACUUAUAAUGAAGCAGCAAUAUUUGCUAGAGUAUUUGGAAGAAAUUUGCAAGCAUCCGCCGAUGUUACCGGCGAGUUCUAAAAUGUCAUUUUCCGCUUUAAAUAAAGAGAAGGAUACAGGCUCAUCUUUACAGGGAAAUGAGGGUACAUCUUUAAAAUUACCACCGGAUCCAACAACUGAAGUUUUGAAUAAAUUGAAAGUUUUUCAACUGAAACGUUAUUGUAAAAAGUAUAACUUGCCAGUAUCUGGAUCAAAGUCAACCCUGAUUGAUCGAUUGAAACCUUUCCUACAUCUAAUGGAGAGAAGUUCCGAUUUCGAUGGAAAGAGUGAUGUUGAAGUGUUGGCUACUGUAAGCUCACCAGUACUCACUCAGAAAACUUACGACGGGACUGAGGAAAACCUUCUAAAGGAACAGCAAAAACGAAUUGCAGAACUCCAAAAGCAGUUGAAAAAGAGUCAGGAAGAGUUGGAGCAGAUAAAGUUAAUACAAAUGCAUACGCAUCAGGACUGUGCGACUAAACUUCUGAACCAAAGUACUGAUGUGCUUAUGGAACCCAAAACGGAGGCAAUUGUAUUGAACGGAUGUAGAAAUAACGUAGAUAAUAUAACUCCAAUGCAUACUGAAAACAUUCUCUCUAAUAUGGACAUUAAGAUUACUGUGCAUAUUGAUCCUGAUACUACAGAUGUACACCGUAAAAUCGAUCACACUUAUACUGAUAACGGAAUACUUUUGAAUGUUAUAGACAAUCAGCAUAGAGUUCUUGACACGAAUAAAACUUGUGAGGAACAAUGGAAAACAAAUGCUGCUAAUGAUGUUAUUCAGUGUGAUAACGACUCUGGCAAAAUAUCAGAAUUUGUACCUAAUAAUGAAACUCUCGACAAACUUUUGGGUCAAGUUCAACCUGGAAUUCCUAAUUCGAUUGAAAAAAAUAAACAAGGGUUCAAGGGUGCUGAUGCAAUUACUUGUCAAAUCCAUUCUGCCAACACCAAAUCGCUGAACGAUUGCAAUUUACAUAGUCCAUUGGUUUUGAACGAUUACAAUGAUGUGAAUUUAUUAGAUUUUCAUAUGCACAUUGAUGAUACUUGUGACAAUGGAAUUGUGAUUCCCCAUACAGAGGGUUCUCAGUUUUCAGUAAAGCACUCUUUGGACAAUAAUGAUAUUCUGAAGAGAAUUAGUUUUGAACCGGACUUGCUGACUGAGAGUAAUGGUUCUAUACAUGAGCACAAAUCCGAUAAGCAUAUUUUCAAUGAUUUUGAUGGUCUCCGUUUCGUGAAUAGUGAAUCGUAUCCCAAUAUACUUACCACUCAUCUUAAUAGUAUUAACAUGGGAGAUUCGAAAAAGUCCAGAAUAUCUGACACUUUACAUGAUGCCAACAAAAACUAUAGCUCAAAUUGUGCAGAUAUAACUAACUGUUCCCUUGACCCUUCAAAAGAUCAAGUAGCACGAUUUUCACUACCUAGUACAUCAUCGCAUGUUAAACGUAUGGGCUGGCAUUCCAGCAACCCUUACUAUGAAAGUAAUAAAACGAAGAAUACGCAACCUGACAAUUUACAAGAAAAUGGCCAGAUUAUAGAAAAUGGCUCUAAUUUAACGCAAGAAAAAUACAAUCGUGUCAAAUGUUGCUUUUCUGAUACAGGAAAAAUUAGUAGUAAUGAACUGUCUGCUAAUUUAAAUAGCAACAAUAAUAUACGAGCCGGGCACAUCAGUCCAAUGGAUUUUGAUAGCUUGCUAUCAAAUAUUGAUUUACCAAUAACUAAUCAGAAUUGUGAUCGAGGAUUACUUGAUUCAAAUCAAGAAAAAUUGUUAUAUGACCUGCAGCAAAAUAGUUUACUUGAUUACUUAAAUGAUGAUUAUGGUAUGCAAAAUGAUUCGAUAACAUGUGAAAUAAACAAUACCAGUUACUGAA